GAAAGGGAAGCACGCUUUUGCUUCGGAGGUUUGAGGCUCCAAAUGAGACAAGAGAAAUCAUCGAAAAGCUCUGAGGAUGACAUCGGGUUGAGAAAAGAGAGAGACCGAUAUUGUGCCAAUUUCCUGGAGCCCGGCAGUGUGCGUGCAACAAAGGAAGGGAAAAUGGAAAUUGAAGCCCUCGCCUCAGAACAUAAAGCCAUCCCUGUGGGGAGUUCAGCCCAUGCCGUAGACAAUCAAACUCACUUACUCUCCCCUGCUGCCAGUCACAAUGGACUUAAAGACAGACAUGAAUCCUUGGACAGUGAGGUGGCUAAAGAGAUCAGAUAUCUGGAUGAGGUGCUAGAAGCAAACUGCUGUGAUUCUGCUGCCGAUAAUCCCUUUAAUGGGAUGACUUCUUCCUCCCCUGAGCCAAGUGCAUCUAUUGUCGUUGAUGGCUGCGGUCCAUCUGCUCACAAUACUAAGGAUUCCACAUCGCCCAAUGAAAGGGACGCCCUGGUGGUUGGUGAGCAGACACCUCCGGUUACUGAACACAGUGGGAUAAAUGUAGCAUCUGAGAAGCUGAAACCAAAUGGCCAUUCUCUGGAUGGAUGGCAAGAGGAACACGGUGACAAACUGAAAGGGCCGGCGAGUCCAAGCUCUUCCACAAGCUCAAGGUCUUCCAAAGAUGGAGAAACGACGUUAACUACCAUUAAGAAAGAAGCUAAGUUUGAGCUUAGAGCAUUUCAUGAAGAGAAAAAGCCAUCCAAACUGUUUGAGGAGGAGGACAUGAAAGAGAAGUACAGAGUGCGCAAAGUGAGACCUUCUGAGGAGAUGAUAGAGCUGGAAAAAGAGAGGCGGGAGCUCAUCAGGAGCCAAGCCGUCAAGAAGAACCCUGGCAUAGCGGCCAAGUGGUGGAACCCACCCCAGGAGAAAACACUCGAGGAACAGCUAGAUGAUGAACACUUGGAAUCUCACAAGAAGUAUAAGGAACGCAAAGAAAAACAGCAGCCGCCGCCAUCAACGGCGAUGAAGCACGUUUCAUAUUCCUGUGCGCCGCCAGAUCUGAGUGGCGUUAAAAAAGAUGAUAUCGUGACAGAGCAAAUAGAUUUCUCAGCCGCACGGAAACAGUUUCAGUUAAUGGGAACUCCAGGCCAACCAAAUAGCACAGCUGCACCCAAAAGGUCAGGGACUCCCAAAAUGUUCACUGUCCAACCCUUCUAUAAACCAAUCGGCCCAUCCCAAAUAGACCAGCGAACGCACCCUGUUACAAAGCCCGUGUCUCUGUGCAGUCAAACAGUACAGGUUGGCAGUAACGAUGUAACUAUUGUAAAAGCGGAGAGAGUCUCUUGCAUCCUAGAUGACAGCAGCGUAGGAAUUCAGAACAGCUCUGCUGACCUAAUGAGGACCUCCCCUUCUUCCACAAAGCCUGGCCAGACAGCAAAAGUAUGGACGGAUGAUAGUGAAUUCAUGAGUGCAAAGGCAGUCUUUACGGUGGUGAAGGAUGAUGACCACAGCCUACUGGACCAGUUCUCCAGGUCUGCCAAUGUGUCUUUCCCACCAGAGGAGCUGGACUCUGGUUUGGAUGAGUUGUCGGUGAGAUCUCAGGACACAACCGUUUUGGAAACGCUUUCCAAUGACUUCAGCAUGGACAACAUCAGUGACAGCGGUGCCUCCAAUGAGACGAUGAGCGCCCUUCGAGAAAACUCACUCACAGAUUUCUCCUUGCCCCAGACUCCUCAAGCUAACACGCCUUCCGAGUGUCAAGGGGAGGGUGUUUCCAAGUCACUGAGCGACCACGGUUUUUACUCUCCGUCUUCCCCGUCGCUUGACUCCAUGCUCAUCGAUGAGCAGUUGGAAUACCAGGCUGGUCUACUGGUUCAAAAUGCCAUUCAGCAAGCCAUAGCUGAGCAGGCUGACAAAAUGAGCUCCAAGCAAGCAAAAGAUGCCACAGAGCAAAGAAACCACCAGGUUGAGAGGCGGGAGGCGGCAGAUAGGACACCGUGCUCUGAGAAGCAGCCCAAUCCAACGUUUCAGCCUCCUCAGGUGUCCUCUCCCAUGCAAGAGAAAAGGGACACAGCCCCAAAGGCUUCAGCAGCUCAAGACUCAGUACUCAGGGAAAGGCAAGCUCCACAACCACCGCUUGCUGCUCAUCCUCCCCAGCCGGUCACUGUGGAGGAAACCAAGCCAGAAGUCAGCUAUUUCAGCAAGUAUUCGGAAGCAGCCGAGCUACGGAGCACGGCUUCCAUUCUGGCUCAGCAAGAGGCUGAGGUGACUGUAGGACCAUUCAAACUAAGGUCAAAAAAGCAGAGGACUUUGUCCAUGAUAGAAGAAGAGAUCCGAGCAGCCCAGCAAAGAGAGGAGGAACUCAAAAGGCAGAGGCAAGGGAUGCCAGUGAUGCAGAGUCCCUUCGCAAAGGGUGCCCCCACACCGGCCACCAGAACCGUGUCUUACAGAACUGCACCAGGCAAAAUAGAGAAGAUCAAGCCGCCUCCAUCCCCGACCUCAGAAGGUCCCUCGUCCCAUUCCGACUCGGCAUUGGAUGAAGCGGGAGCCUCUCAGAAGCCGAAGAACCUGAUGCAGACUCUCCUGGAAGAUUAUGAAACUCACAAAACCAAAAGGCGGGAGAAGAUGGAUGAGAGCAGUUAUACCUGUAAAUUACUGUCUAACAAGGUUACUUCUGAGGUUCUUGAAGCUACCAGGGUCAACCGCAGGAAGAGUGCCCUAGCCCUGCGCUGGGAAGCUGGCAUUUAUGCUAACCGGGAGGAAGAAAAUGAGUAGUUUUCUUGGCAAAUAAUGCAAGCGCUUUUUUUAUUACUAUUAUUAUUAUUAUUGCAGAGACCAAGAAACCAAAUAGAAGAACAAAGUUUUAAUUUUUUUUUAAAGCUUCAUCAUUUUAAUCUGAUAUUUAUUGCAAACGCACCAGUCUCUGCAAUCCAUAUUCAAACAGGAGCAAUCCGUUUUUUAUAUGUGUGUGUGUACGCACACACAUGUGUACAUAUAUAUGCACAAACACACAGGACAGUGAUAUAAAGAAAAGCACCCUCUAUCCCUGCCCCCCCCACACACACACACACAAAAACCCGAGGCAGCCGGCUGUAACUUUGGAGCCAGUGUUAUGGCCCUGAUAAAAAAUAGCAGGAAUCAACAGCCCAUUUCAGAGCGGACAGAAUGAGCACAUUAUUGCUUCCUUUAACUAUCUUCACAGCUUUGCAUUGGGAAUGGAAAGAUUUUGGCUUAUAUAGGAUCUUAACACAAGAUGGCACCGCAUGAGGAAAAAAAACAAAUAAUUCAAGCUUUAUUUGGUUCCAACUGUGGCUCUUCAUUCCAUACGUGGCUUUAAAAAGAGGGCUAUUACUCUACAUCCUAGAUAGCCAUAAUAAAGUCAAGAUAAUUUUGUUUUGAUGUUGUUAACCUAUAAGGGCAAUGGUUGUGUGUUUUUUUAAAAUCCUUACUUUAAAUUAAUUGACUUUUUAAAAAAAGAAAAGAAGAGGCGGCUGUCGAUUUUCAAAUGUGAAUGUACAAUCCAUAUAUUAGCCAUAAAAUACAGUGUGAUGGUUUUUUGCUGUUAUUUUGCAAGGGUGCUUAUUGGGGGGAAGAUUGGGCAGGCGAAGCUUUCUUUUACGUUAUCAUAGGUGGUUUUAGUUGCAGAUUUACCCACACAUUAUUUCAUUAAUUAAUAUGCUUAAUACAGUUCCCUUUUAAUAACAAAGACCAGUCCCUGGAUAGCCUAAAAGAAAGAGACGGAGAGAAAUGCCAAAGCAGAACGUCAUAGUUUUAGCAACCUGUGUGCUUGUGGUUAUCAGAUUGGUCUCUUGUUUCUCAGGACAUAUUUGCAUUAUCAUCUAUCUGUAUUUAAUGGACAGUGGGGGCUGCGAUAAUGUGGGAAGGGACGCGCAAUGGAAUCUAUAAAGAGCAGUAAAGCUGAGUCAGAAAGAUAAGGGGGAGAAUGGGAAAAGUUUAAAUAUUUUUUACUGAGGCAAAUUAUUGACCUUCAAGUCAGAUUAUGUUGCAGAGAAAGGUAUGAAAGAAAAAUAGUUAUAUCUUUAAGCUAUAUUUAUGCUACAUAAAAAGGUCUUGGUAUUAGAGCGUGAGGGGGAUGUUUUAACAGAAAAUGAAAACGUUGAGAGAUGGUAGUGGACUAAGAGGGGUAAGAGACAAGCCAAAGGAUUAUUUUUGCUGUUCAACCAGUGUUUUCAGAGCUAGAAGAAAACCUGUAGACCCUUUAGAUAGAAUAUAGGCUGGGAAUCCAUGACAAAGAAUUAUCGGCGCGUAUUUGCUUGUGUGCAUGUGAAGCUGCAUUUCUAGUAGGAUG